GGGACCUGAUUCUGAAAACAACUCGUACCGUAAACACGUUGCUGACUGUCGUACGUUGCCUAGCUGCAGGCUCAACACACAGAAGCUUCAUUGCUAAAUUAAACCUGAAAACGCUGCUGCAGAAAGAAACAAUGGCAGACGAGGAGAAGUUACCCGGAGGAUGGGAGAAAAGAAUGAGCCGCAAUUCAGGUAAAGUGUACUACUUCAACCACAUCACCAACGCCAGCCAGUGGGAACGUCCGGUGGGAGAUGGCCGUGGAGAGCCAGACAAGGUACGCUGCUCUCACCUCCUAGUGAAGCAUAAUCAGUCACGUCGUCCAUCUUCUUGGCGGGAACAAAAUAUCACACGAACUAAAGACGAGGCCCUGGAACUCAUUCAGAAGUACAUAGAAGAGAUCAAGGGUGGAGAGGAGAAGUUUGAGUCCCUUGCGUCUCAGUUCAGCGACUGCAGCUCAGCUAAGAACGGUGGCGAUCUGGGAUUAUUUGGCAGAGGUCAAAUGCAGAAGCCUUUUGAAGAUGCCUCCUUUGCUCUCAAAGUGGGAGACAUGAGCGGUCCUGUUUUUACUGACUCUGGAGUCCACAUCAUCCUACGUACUGGUUGAAAGGAAGAAGCCACAUACUGUACUUUCCUCUUGUGUCCUCACACACACACGCAAACACACACAAACACACACACAGUCCAUCCCAACCUGACCUGCUUUAUUUUAAUGACACACACCACCCAAUAGACAAAGCUUAUGGGCUGAAUCGCAUUAGUUUAAUGGGAUCAUUUUGUUCCAAGCUCUAUUGAACAUGUAUGAAUAAUGUAAUCACACUGAACGUCAAGGAGUAUUGCAGAUUAUUCCUUAAGACCUAAAGCUUUUAUUAACCAUGGCAAUGGCAUUAUAUAAAAACAUGAGUGCCUGUGACUCUGUUGAAGUGAGUGCCCCCCCCCGUGGAAACAGUUUCACACGAUGCGCAGAGUUUGAGAAUGCGUCUGUAAAAGCUUGUGUUGUGCAUGUCUUCAAAAAGGACCAUUUAAUGUAUGUUUUCCUGUAACCUUUUACAUUUCUACUGUAUGUGUGCCAAAGCAGUUCCUCGAUCUUGUUUUGGAAAAUGGAUCCAUGAGUUCUUUAAAAUACUUUCUAGUCAUUGCAGAUCCCCUGCAGUUUGAGAAAGCACCGUUAUUCUGAGUUCUCGACAUUUAGCGUUGAUUUAAGUUUGUUGUCCUUUGCGGAUAUCCAGUAACAUUGAAUCAUUUGUUUUCAUAAUACACUCAGUAAAGUGCAUGUCCCCCCCCCUGUCCCUUUAGGAUAUGCAAAGAUGGCACAGCUGAAAACUUCCAGGUUUUAACAAUCAGCUCCGCAGCUUUUAAAAGCAUCAGAGUUCAGAUGAACUGUUCCACUGUCGUGUCAUUCAUUGGAGUUUUUCUUUCAUCAAUAAAAAAAUCUCUUUUUUUGUAA